AUGAGAUAUCAAGCCCUUCUCUUCGUUCCGUUCUUCUUUUGGCUUUCAAAUGCAGUCGAACUCACUGAUUUGUUCUUUGACCGAGGAGCAGGUCCUGGUUCAUGUCGACCUCCACAGGAUGAGAUAGUCAAGUCCUGGCUUCGAGAUACAGUCACGCUUGUUGAUUCCACACUUGCCGCUCUUGGGGGGGCUAUCAACAAUGACAAAGCUCUUAAAAGAAACCUGAAUGCUUGGUUUGGAAUCAAAGUCAAGGCAACUGACAUGGAUCCGGUGGAAGCAGAUAGACUUGACACUGUGACCAGAUCCGUCCAAUCCGUCAAAGACUUCCUAGAAAUGCGAAACCCCUCCCUAAAAGAGCCCCAAAUCGAUGGCUCCGGCGGAAAACCGUGGCUAUUCUGCAACAGCGACUGGCAACACGAGACAGAACUAAUGUUCGACGGCGACCUUGGGCUGCCAAUUUACGCCGCCGACGGCGUCACGCAAGGGAAUCUACGCACGUGGCCGAUCCCCGACAACGCCAAUCCAGCGGACCCCUUCAUCGACAUCCUGCUCAAGAUGCGCCAGGGCAGCGCGCCAGACUGGGCGCACUACGCGUACUGGUCGCCGGAUAUCAGGGACUACGUGAUUGAGAAGGCGAGCGCGAGAUACCCUGGGAACCCGCCGUCGUGGUGUAAUGGCCAGGAUAUGACGCCUGAGGAGCAGAGGUUUGGGUUGACGAGUGUAAGCCAGUUGAGAGAUACGAUUACGAUUUGUCCGGAUGCGUUUGAUGAGGCGAAAUCGGAGCCGUUUGAGACGAUUGAUUUGACGUUUGCUUCUGCUGCUGCGAGGAGUGUGAGGAUGGAUUUGGAGAAGACGGCGCCGAGGAGUUUGACGCUUUUUCAUGAGUUGAUUCAUUUGACUUCUGGGGUGGAGAAUACGCCAGAUGUGGGAACGAAACCGACAGAGUGUCUGAAGAAUAGACUUAGAAAAUUGGAUAUGAGUAGGAAUCCGGAUAGUAUUGUCUUCUUUGCGUGGUCUUACUAUCUUGAGAACAAUGGCCCCGAACCUAAGUUUUCGUGGCAUUCUGGGAAGAGUGCGGCGAGGUUGGCGCAAUGA